UUAAAACCUCAGGCCUGUCCUGGUCCCAGAAAGGCAGCAGGCAGGAGAUCAUCCUAGUAGGAGACCAGAGGAGCCCAGGUGCUGACAGGAUGACCACAGUAGGAAGCCCGUGGACCUGGGUCCUGGGGUGCCUCGUGCACUUCGUCACAGGAAAUGCGAUCCUGCCCUUAGGAGCCGUAGACAAUCUCACGGAAAGCCUCAUAGUACACGGUGCAGAGUGCCGCCCUCACUCCCAGCCCUGGCAGGUUGCCAUCGUCCGGAAUGCCAGAAUUUCUUGCGGGGGCGUUUUGGUGCAUCCUCAGUGGGUGCUCUCGGCUGCUCACUGCUACCGGAGCUCCUACACCAUCAAGCUGGGUCGGCACAACCUCUAUGCAAAAAGAGAACCAGGAAGUCGGACUAUGAAGGCCACCUUCUCAGUGAAGCACCCAAAGUUCAAAAAAAAGCCAAAAUGCAAUGACCUUAUGCUCAUCAAGUUGAAGAAACCAGUCACAGAAUCUGCCUCCAUCCGUACCAUCAAUAUCGCUCCCCAGUGCCCAGCCCCUGGAACCACCUGUGUCAUCUCUGGCUGGGGUCGUCUGGCAAACAACCACUUGCCCAGAGUGCUUCAGUGUGCAAAUGUCCUUGUGGAAACAGAUGAGAGCUGCAAAGCCUUCUAUCCUGACGCAGAGCACUCAAGCGUGUUCUGUGCUGCCAACAGAAACAAAGGAGAGAGUGCCUGCAAGGGUGACUCUGGGGGCCCCCUUGUCUGUGGCAAUUUCCUGCAAGGUAUUGUGUCUGCAGGAAAGCUUCCAUGUCACCCAUUGGAGAAACCCAAUUUGUACACCAAAGUCUGCAAGUUCUCUGAUUGGAUCCAGCAAACCAUACAGGACAACUGAGGAGGAUCCCGGACCCAGCACAUUGUCCCCCUACAGUCCUUCCUCUCUCAGGUGCUAGGAGUCUGUUCCUUCAGCACUCUUCUCCCUCAGACCCAGGAGUCCAGGCCUAAGCUCUAUCAGAUGCUGCUCACUCUGGUUUGGAAGGUGGGGAGACUGAAGCUUGGAAGGAAGCAGAGCCUUGGAGCCACAGAUCAAUCCCCACCUCAGGACCUCUUUCCAUAACUGUAAUGAGGUCAGCAAUGGCACUUCAAGAGCAGGGAAGAGUCCUCAGAAGAAGACCAUUGUGCCCAGUCUUGGGGAAGGACCCAGUGUUCUGCAGAAAGGAUAGUUGACUAUUUAUGUGUCACAGAUUAACUCACUCAAACCUUAUGACAUUUGCAUGAGAUGAAUAUAAUAAUAUUUCAUCAGAUCUAUAAUGGCAUGUAAGAUGCACAACCAGGGGGGAAAACACUUCCAAUUAAAUUACAAUAUUCCAUUGAAUUCAAACACAUUCAUUUUCAGACACAUUCAAAAGAAAGUUAUAGAAUUGAUGAAAUACAGUAAUAUUAUCCCCAUUUAACAUCUGGAGAAACUAAGGCAGGGGUUGCCUAAGACACAGACCCCAUGUCCCCGGAUGCUGUUGGUGCCCCACCCCUCAAUCCCGCAGGUGCUGAGGACAUUGUCUUCUAACAGCUCACAACAUCGGCAUUCUCAAGAGGAUUUCCCUUCAUCCAAAAGGAAUUGCUGCACCCAGGAGAUUAUGCCCACCCCAUUCUAAAGCAGCCAGCCAGCGGCCAACAACUCAUGGCCCAGAAGCCAAGUAUCUUUCAAGGUGGGAAGGUAGGCAGUUCAUCCUCCAGAUUCAGGUUCAGGGUGGAGGUAGACUCAAACCAAAUCCAUAACAUUUCCUUGCUUGGCUCCUUCCCCUACACUACUCUUUAUGCCUCCCUCCUCUUCUCCUGAUAGUCCCCUGUCAAUAAAUACCUUUCA